CGUCGAAGCCAAGCCACCGACCGCAUACAUAACGGUCGAUUCCGACAUCGUCCACUGACUGGGUCUCGACAUAAUCGAGAAGCGACUCGACCCAACGACACCCAAGAUAUAUAUCCACAGCUUCACAAAGGCACUCGUGCUGUAUUAGCUGUCGUCCCCGGCCCGGACAAAGACAAGAGUCCGGACAGUUGAUUGCGCAUUGCCGAUCAGGAUCUCGCCGGAUCUGGCAUUCCAGGACUCCAUACACAUCUCUCAUCAUUGCGGCCCACAUUAUCGCUGUCGGCGCGCAGGCGAGUCCCCGCUGUAUUAUUGACCAGAGCUCCGCCUGAAACGUCUAAAAAGCGACAGCAGGUCUCGCUUGCUGGUUAACUUGGAUCUUUCCCGAUCCUCCGAAAAGUCAUUCCGCCUCUGCAACACGGAUCCGACACAUAUACCAUCAAGAUGUGUUUCGGGGGUCGUGCAAAGGAAGACGAGGCUGAGGCCUCCCGGUCGCGCGAGCUAGACAAGCAGAUCCGCGCGGAUGAGAAGCGCCUGUCGAAGGAGGUCAAGCUGUUGCUACUAGGAGCUGGCGAAUCCGGAAAGUCUACGGUUUUGAAGCAGAUGAAGUUGAUCUAUGCACAAGGUUUCAGCAAAAAUGAGAAACUAGAAUGGAGGCCCGUUAUUUUCGCCAACAUUCUGCAGUCGUUCCGAUUGAUCUUUGAUGCGAUGAAUGAGUUCAACAUCAAGUUGGAGGAUGAAGAUAAUGAGAAGAACAUGGUGCAAAUGAUGGUCGAUUACGAAAUGAGGCAAGACGAGCCUCUACCACUAGAAUAUUUCGAGCCGGCGAAGAAGCUCUGGCAAGAUGCAGGCGUCAGGCAAGCCAUCGAGAAGGGCAAUGAGUUUGCCCUGCACGACAACCUUGAGUACUUCUGUACGGAGCUGGACAGGCUAUUUGACAGGGACUAUGUUCCUAGCGACCAGGAUUUGCUGCGCUCGAGGCUACGGACGACUGGUAUCACCGAGACUGUUUUCGACCUGGGCCAACUUACAUACCGUAUGUUUGACGUCGGUGGCCAGCGGUCGGAGCGGAAGAAGUGGAUUCACUGCUUUGAGAACGUCAACUGCUUGCUGUUCUUGGUAGCUAUCUCGGGUUACGAUCAGUGCCUGGUUGAAGACAAGGAUGGGAACCAAAUGAACGAGGCCCUCAUGCUCUGGGAGUCGAUCGCCAACUCUCACUGGUUCACUAAGUCGGCCUUGAUUCUGUUCCUCAACAAGAUCGACCUUUUCAAGGAGAAGCUGCUCCGAAGCCCGAUAGCGAACCACGGCUUCACUGAUUAUCAUGGUCCCCCGGACGAUGCUCAGCAGGCCAGCAAGUACUUUAUGGACAAGUUCCGCGCGCUGAACCGGAAUCCGGACAAGGAGAUCUAUGGGCAUUUCACAAACGCGACCGAUACCAAUCUUCUGAAGAUUACCAUGGCUUCCGUACAGGACAUGAUUAUCCAGCGGAACCUGAAACAACUUAUCCUGUAAGGGGAUAUUCAUAUACUGGGCUCGCACAUCCGACACAUCUGCUUCCGCAGCACAUCGCCCCCGGUGAAGUGAACUAGCAAACUGCUGGUUGUGGAUGUAUCAACUUCCCUUCCUCUUCACGAGCCGUUUCAUCUGGACGAUCGACCUAAU